AUGAGGUGUUUACAGGUAUCCAACCAAGACCUGGAAGACAGGAUCCCGUCCUAUGAGGAACUGGACAAGCUGGAGAAUGAGGAGGCUGGGGACAGGCCCAAAUGGGACAACAAGGCCCAGUAUAUGCUGACUAUCGUAGGUUUCUGUGUGGGACUGGGGAACGUCUGGCGCUUCCCUUACCUUUGCCAGAGCCAUGGGGGAGGUAGGUGUUGUUGGGGAGUAGUGUUGCAGAAUACCGGUAACUUUCCCAUAAUUCACGGGUUUUCCAGAAAUCCCGGGUUGGAAGAUCCCCUGAAUACAGAAGGGAAUAAGCAGGAAAUCUGGAAAUUUGGGGAAAGUUACCGUAACUUUGCAACCCUGUGUUCAUUUUAGACUGACCACUGUUUUUUAUGUACUGUACAUAGAACAGCAACAGGGAACAUCUCCUCCACCCUGCUUCUUGGUCUGUUCUCAGGUGCAUUUAUGAUUCCUUUCCUGAUCCUACUGGUUCUAGAAGGUGUUCCCCUGCUCCAUCUGGAGUUUGCUAUUGGUCAACGUCUAAGGAAAGGCAGUGUAGGUGUCUGGUCUGCCAUCCAUCCAUACUUGACUGGCAUUGGUAAGCAAAACACUCCAUAGGAAUUUAGACAUGGGCAAAAAUAGACCAAAUCUCAUUGGGGCACGGUGUUGUGUUUUGUUCCAUAGGCAUUGGAUCCAUGUGUGUGUCCUUUCUGGUCAGCCUGUACUACAACACCAUCAUGGCCUGGGUGAUGUGGUACUUCUUUAACUCCUUCCAAGAACCGCUGCCUUGGAGCCAAUGUCCAGUCAAUGCCAACAUGACAGGUAAGGUCUCCAUGGACGGCAGGGAGAAAUAUUUUUUUGUUUGCUAAGCUAUGAUGAUGGAAAAUUAUUCACUUUAUACACACACCCUUAUUCCGUUACCUGUAACUCUGCCUUCAAUUGCUUAAUUCUAUUGUAUUGUGCCAUGUGAAUGAAUGAAAUGAACUUUACCCAGGCCUGGUGUCAGAGUGUGAGAGAAGCUCUCCAGUGGAUUACUAUUGGUACAGAGAGACCCUGAACACCACCCCAGACAUAGAUAACACAGGUGGGCUACAGUGGUGGAUGGUCCUAUGCCAUGUGUCUGCCUGGGCGUUGCUGUUUCUCUGCAUAAGUCGAGGCAUUGAGACUACUGGGAAGGUACGGCAUAACCUCUGGACAGCAAAUCACUUUAGCAGCAGCAGCUGUCAAUGUCAAAGUUAUCAAGGUUAUGUUUAUAGGCAUUUGGUUAUAAAGCACUAAAUCAAGGUUUCCUUUUUAUGAUAUUAUAGCCAUAUACAAGAAAUUACAGAAUGAUUGGUUUGACUAUAUAUUGAUACAAUAAAGCAUGUUACCAUAACACUCAAAUGACCUAGCUGUUUUUAAUAACAGCCUUGUUGACCUUUCUGACACCAAUUUGACAGUGUAAACAGUUGUAGACAGUGUUCACUUUCUAAUUUUAACGUAUUUUAUAUAUUUGUAUUGCAUAUUGUAUUAUAUAUUGUCUAUACAGUGUAUGUCACCAUUGUGCAAACCUGGGCAGAAAAUUGUUGUAGUUUGUAGUUUAUUUGAAAAUACCAACUUUUCAAAUACUCGAGGUAGUCGAAUAUAUAUAUAUAUAUAUAUAUAUAUAUAUAUGGAAGUAUUUUGAAUACCUCUCAGAAAACCAAAUAAUUUUUGAAGAUAUUGGAAUAUAUGGCUGUCAAAUAUUUGAUGAAGAACCAAAAAAUAAAACAGAUAGUUGAAUUAGUCAAAAUAUUUUAUUAUAAGCACAUGGUUUGGAGGGCUCUUAGAUAUUAAUCUUAAUAUAGCCUACAACCUAUAAUUAAAUACAUGAGGGACAUGGAAUCACCUCAGCAUUAGAGUAAACCACUUUUACAGCUUUAAACUAACAAAUAUAUUUUCAUAAUGAGUGAGACACAAGGUAAUACAGUAACACAUGACAUUAAGUUCUUAAACAUGUGUAGUAACUUUGUCAUUAUUACAACAACAACAUUGUUGUUACAUAGGACUUUGGCAAUUGCUUUAUAAUUGAAUAAUAAUGGAGUUAUUGCAUAAGCAGAAUAAGGAACAGUCACUAUUCCUCUUGUGUACAGUAGUUACAAAAACACUCAGGCCAUCGCUAUGCGAUUAAAAUGCAAUUGACAAAGUAUCAUGUAACAACAUGCUAAUAAAAUGUUGCUCCAAAAGUAAUUAAAGUUUAUUACACAGGUACAAUAACUGUUUAAUGUUAAGUGUUACUGAGAAAGCUAACUGUAACAAAAUAUGGCCAUUAAGUGUCGAAGGGAAACUAAAUGUCCCAACUACAGCCAAGGUAGGUGGAAAAUCAUGUUAGUUUGUAUUCUGAGUAAACUAUCCCUUUAAACAUGGUAUAGUGUGUGUUUGAAACAAGAACACUUACCCUCAGAUGGACAAAGAGGUUAGAAGUAGUUUUUGCUAAGCAUUCAACUUGCGGUUAGCAAUGUUUGCAAAUAGCUUUGAAUUACUGUGCAGUAUUUUCAGGUAUCAUACAAUUAAAUACAGCUUUCGACCUUUUCAGUGGCAUGUUGAAAGAGUCAUACAGUAGUUGAGCGUCACAACUUAUUUAUACUUCUCUGGUUAAUUGGUUUGACUUUAUUAUGUGCACUUGGAGCAAUGGAGCAAUGGAAAUUCAGGAGAAUGUACAUUUACAAAAUGUUCAGAUAGAAAUGUAUUGUGUAGAUCAAAUAUAUGACUGUCAGAUAAAUUGGAAUAGUAUAGGGCAUUGUGUGUGCUCUAUUCAUUAUAUUUCUAUCUUCAACAUGCAGUUCUAGAUACAGCCCUGCCAUUAGUUGAAGGCAGCCAAUCCAAUAGUUUCAGAAACGUAGUCACUUCCUGAGAUCUGUAUUCAAAUAGUUUUGAAAAGUAGUUACUUCCUGAGAUCUGUAUUCAAAUAUAAAAAAAAAUAAAUACUUUCUGAGACCUGUAUUCAAAUAGUUUAGAAAAGUAGUCACUUUCUGAGAUCUGUAUUCAAAUAGGAAAAAAAAGCAAUUUUUGGUGAUCUGUAUUCAAAUAAUUGUAGUCACCCCCAAAGUAAUAAUAAUAUAAUAUAAUAAUAUGCCAUUUAGCAGACGCUUUUAUCCAAAGCGACUUACAGUCAUAGAUUUUUACGUAUGGGUGGUCCCGGGGAUCGAACCCUCUACCCUUGCGUUACAAGCACCAUGCUCUACCAAUUGAGCUAACUAUUUGUUACCCCAGAAUUAGUUUUACUUUCCACAAAGCAUAGUUAAAACUAUAGUUAUCCCAGGUCUGCCAUGGUGACAUAUCAGUAGUAUAUCACCCUAGUGACAUAUCUGUAGUAUAUCACCCUAGUGACAUAUCUGUAGUAUAUCACCCUAGUGACAUAUCUGUAGUAUAUCACCCUAGUGACAUAUCUGUAGUAUAUCACCCUAAUGACAUAUCAGUAGUAAUUCACCCUAGUGACAUGUCAGUAGUAUAUCACCCUAAUGACAUAUCAGUAGUAUAUCACCCUAGUGACAUAUCAGUAGUAUAUCACCCUAAUGACAUAUCAGUAGUAUAUCACCCUAAUGACAUAUACUGUAACUCAUACAGUGGGGAAAAAAAGUAUUUAGUCAGCCACCAAUUGUGCAAGUUCUCCCACUUAAAAAGAUGAGAGAGGCCUGUAAUUUUCAUCAUAGGUACACGUCAACUAUGACAGACAAAUUCAGAAAAGAAAAUCCAGAAAAUCACAUUGUAGGAUUUUUUAUGAAUUUAUUUGCAAAUUAUGGUGGAAAAUAAGUAUUUGGUCACCUACAAACAAGCAAGAUUUCUGGCUCUCACAGACCUGUAACUUCUUCUUUAAGAGGCUCCUCUGUCCUCCACUCGUUACCUGUAUUAAUGGCACCUGUUUGAACUUGUUAUCAGUAUAAAAGACACCUGUCCACAACCUCAAACAGUCACACUCCAAACUCCACUAUGGCCAAGACCAAAGAGCUGUCAAAGGACACCAUAAACAAAAUUGUAGACCUGCACCAGGCUGGGAAGACUGAAUCUGCAAUAGGUAAGCAGCUUGGUUUGAAGAAAUCAACUGUGGGAGCAAUUAUUAGGAAAUGGAAGACAUACAAGACCACUGAUAAUCUCCCUCGAUCUGGGGCUCCACGCAAGAUCUCACCCCGUGGGGUCAAAAUGAUCACAAGAACGUUGAGCAAAAAUCCCAGAACCACACAGGGGGACCUAGUGAAUGACCUGCAGAGAGCUGGGACCAAAGUAACAAAGCCUACCAUCAGUAACACACUACGCCGCCAGGGACUCAAAUCCUGCACUGCCAGACGUGUCCCCCUGCUUGUCCAGGCCCAUCUGAAGUUUGCUAGAGUGCAUUUGGAUGAUCCAGAAGAGGAUUGGGAGAAUGUCAAAUGGUCAGAUGAAACCAAAAUAUAACUUUUUGGUAAAAACUCAACUCGUCGUGUUUGGAGGACAAAGAAUGCUGAGUUGCAUCCAAAGAACACCAUACCUACUGUGAAGCAUGGGGGUGGAAACUUCAUGCUUUGGGGCUGUUUUUCUGCAAAGGGACCAGGACGACUGAUCCGUGUAAAGGAAAGAAUGAAUGGGGCCAUGUGUCGUGAGAUUUUGAGUGAAAACCUCCUUCCAUCAGCAAGGGCAUUGAAGAUGAAACGUGGCUGGGUCUUUCAGCAUGACAAUGAUCCCAAACACACCACCCGGGCAACGAAGGAGUGGCUUCGUAAGAAGCAUUUCAAGGUCCUGGAGUGGCCUAGCCAGUCUCCAGAUCUCAACCCCAUAGAAAAUCUUUGGAGAGAGUUGAAAGUCUGUGUUGCCCAGCGACAGCCCCAAAACAUCACUGCUCUAGAGGAGAUCUGCAUGGAGGAAUGGGCCAAAAUACCAGCAACAGUGUGUGAAAACCUUGUGAAGACUUACAGAAAACGUUUGACCUGUGUCAUUGUCAACAAAGGGUAUAUAACAAAGUAUUGAGAAACUUUUGUUAUUGACCAAAUACUUAUUUUCCACCAUAAUUUGCAAAAAAAUUCAUUACAAAUCCUACAAUGUGAUUUUCUGGAUUUUUUUUUCUCAUUUUGUCUGACAUAGUUGAUGUGUACCUAUGAUGAAAAUUACAGGCCUCUCUCAUCUUUUUAAGUGGGAGAACUUGCACAAUUGGUGGUUGACUAAAUACUUUUUUUCCCCACUGUAUAUCUCAGCUUCUGUGACAUUAAACUGCAAUGGUAAAAUGUCAUUAUUUUAUGUAUCCAUAGUGACAUAUAUUUAACUAAAUGGCAGCUUGUGUAACAUAUUAACAGCAGUUAUAUGUCACUAUUUUGACAUAUACUAAUAAGUCCAUGUUGGUAUAUUUGCUAUAAUAGUACACCAAACAGUAAUUGUCCAACUUCAUAACAGCAUUCCUCCCUCCUCCCAUUAGGCUGUGAAUAUCACCUCAACAUUAUCCUGUAGUCUCCUCCCAUUAGGCUGUGAAUAUCACUUCAACAUUACCCUGUAGUAUCUUCCCAUUAGGUUGUGUAUAUCACCUCUACAUUACCCUGUGGUUCCUCCCAUUAGGUUGUGUAUAUCACCUCAACAUUACCCUGUAGUCUCCUCCCAUUAGGUUGUGUAUAUCACCUCAACAUUACCCUGUAGUCUCCUCCCAUUAGGUUGUGUAUAUCACCUCAACAUUACCCUGUAGUCUCCUCCCAUUAGGUUGUGUAUAUCACCUCAACAUUACCCUGUAGUCUCCUCCCAUUAGGUUGUGUAUAUCACCUCAACAUUACCCUGUAGUCUCCUCCCAUUAGGUUGUGUAUAUCACCUCAACAUUACCCUGUAGUCUCCUCCCAUUAGGCUGUGUAUAUCACCUCAACAUUACCCUAUGUGGUGCUGACCAUCUUUCUGAUCAGAGGAUUGACCUUGAAAGGCUCUUUGAAUGGAGUGAAGUUCCUCUUCACCCCAGACGUGAGUAGUUUCAAUUACUAUCCCGUCAUCGAACAAAAGUAUUUCUUCAAAGUAUAUGAUAUUCCAAGUUCAGCCACAGAUACAGAUCCACAAAGAGUGCAUCUAAGGCCUUUUAGCUACCGUUAAUUUAUGUUGUAGUAAGAUAGAAUUAAAACGACACGCCUAACAACAUUUCUCUGGGUGUGUGUUUCCCCAGAUGAAUGAACUAAUGAACCCAUCUACUUGGCUUGAUGCGGGUGCCCAGGUGUUCUAUUCAUUCUCUUUGGCCUUUGGAGGUCUUCUGUCUUUCUCCAGCUACAACUCUGUGCAGUAAGUCCAUACGGCUUGCUAAUAACUACUAAAUGACUUGUUGUUUACAACACAGUUGAGACAUUAAAUCAAUUCAAGUCGUAUCAUAACUUGUACAUAACCACUGCAAACUUAAGACCCAGUCCUACCUAACUCGAAGUGAGCAAGCGUAACUUUCAUCAUAAAAUAUUUCAUUUACGUUAAUGCAGCCAAGAUCUAUGCAAAAGUUAAAGUGAUGCUGCAACAUAUCUAGUUUAGAUUCAACCCUUAUGGCUGGAUUCUGAUGGGGGUACGACAGUUGAACUAAACUCAAGAGGCAUUUCUAAGUUAUAUACGUCAAGAACCAAUAGGUUAAAAAAAACGAUUGACCAAUUCCAGAUAGCUCCUUUAAUGUUUUGUAUCUCUCCAGUAACAACUGUGAACAGGAUGCAGUCAUCAUCUCCAUUGUCAAUGGAGCCACUGCUGUCUACGCCGCAACAGUCAUUUACACCAUCAUUGGCUUCAGAGCCACAGAGAAGUUUGACGACUGUAUUACUGGGUAUGUACCUAUACUAGACUUCAACUAGAGUCGUUGCAUGACGAUAUGAACUACCCUCUAAAUAAACGUUUUCUCAUUGUUCAUUUGCAGAAAUAUCCUGACACUGCUCAAUACAUUUGAUCUCCCUGAGGGCAACGUCACUGAAAGCAACUAUGAUCAGGUUCUUCAUAGUCUCAAUGGAACAUAUCCAGAAGUCAUUCAGGGGCUCAACUUGAAGACCUGUGACUUAAACACUUUCCUUAGUGAGGUGAUUCAUUAAUUUUUAUAAAAGGGUCCCUGAAUGUAAAGUGUUACCAAUAUUUGUAUAAGGUUUGGUGAGAUGGAUACAACACAAGUGGAGUAUAGGAUAAUUAAAUAUAUCUCAGUUGCUAGGCUUCUGAUUCAUUCUCUCCUUGUCUUGGUACAGGGGGUUGAAGGAACUGGUCUAGCCUUUAUUGUGUUCACAGAGGCCAUCACUAAGAUGCCUGUAUCUCCUGUUUGGUCAGUCUUGUUCUUCAUCAUGCUGUUCUGUCUGGGCCUGUCCUCCAUGUUUGGCAAUAUCGAAGGAGUUCUGGUACCACUUCAGGACCUGGGGGUUUUCCCCAAGAGUUGGCCCAAAGAAGCCAUCGCUGGUGAGAUGAGACAAAAACGUCCCUUACACCAUUUUAAAGGAUGGAGAUCCCUUUGUUAAAUAUAUGUAUUUCUUCUUCUUCUUCUUCUUCUUCUUCUUCUUCUUCUUCUUCUUCUUCUUCUUCUUCUUCUUCUUCUUCUUCUUCUUCUUUUACAGGGAUAACAUGUGUCGUCUGCUGCUUUGUUGGACUGAUAUUUGUCCAAGGCUCAGGGAACUACUGGCUGUCCCUCUUUGACAGCUAUGGCGGGUCCAUUCCUUUACUGAUCAUUGCAUUCUGUGAGAUGGUCGGGGUUGUGUACCUCUAUGGUAUUGAUCGGUGAGUAAUACAUUCAUUCUGUGGAGGUUAAGUUACUCUAUGGCAUUGACAGGUUAGUUUUGAAACAACAUUCUGUUGAUUAACAUGGUCCUUACAUUUGCCAUUCAUUCAUUGGAGUCUGGGAACUUGCAAAGGGAUGUUGACUAUGUAUGUUAUUCUAACAGGUUCAACGAUGACAUUGAGUUCAUGAUCGGCCACAAGCCCAACCUCUUUUGGCAGAUUACAUGGAGAUUUGUCAGCCCCGCCAUCAUGUUUGUCAUCUUUGUGUUCUACUUCAUCACUAAAGUCCAAGAAACACCCAUGUACAAAGCCUGGAAUCCUGAAUCGGUAAGGUUUCACUUUGUUGUCAGUGGCCAAAUUAGUUAUGAAAUGAGGAGACUUUCACUUAGUAAUAGUAAAUCAACCUGUAUUCACAUGUUCUCUAUUUGGUGUAUGAAAGGAACUCACUACACAGUGGCAUCAGUAGGCUAUAAACACACUAACAAGCUUAUUACUGUUUCUUCACAGGACAACUUCCCUACAUUAGAGGAGAAGGAAUAUCCAGCCUGGAUCUUUGCUAUAAUCUUCAUCCUGGCAGGAGUCCCAGGUCUUGCUGUACCUCUAACGGCUGUUUACAAAUGUUUGCGGAACCGCUGCUGCAAGAAGGAUAAUGAGUUUAAACAAGAUGACUUAAACACUAUUGCCAAACAAGUUCACCUGAUGGAUGAGGCUACCAAGAACAAACCAGAGAUCCCAGAGACAGCAGAUGGGAGAUAUUGAUCAGAUCAGAUCACUGUGAAGUCCCUUUGUUGUUUUUAUCACAGGCCUCCAUUUGUUUACUUCAGGCCACUGAGAGCUAAAAGGAGUAGAUAUGUUUGAUACUGCUUUCACUAAUUACGUUUUACACUCCAAGGUUGUAUGGAACGAGGUACGGCAGGAAAGCCAUUAAAUCUUACAUUGAUUGACACGUUGUUGUAAUUAUUGUGCUGAAAGGUCAACAUUGAACUAAAUUAUAUCCCUUGUUCUUGUUAUGUUCUUGUUAUAGUAUAGUCCUAGGGGAUUACCAUUCAGUGUGUAGUACUGGUCUUGUUAUAGUAUAGUCCUAGGGGAUUACCAUUCAGUGUGUAGUACUGGUCUUGUUAUAGUAUAGUCCUAGGGGAUUACCAUUCAGUGUGUAGUACUGG